CCACCUGGUUCGAAAGCUCCUGAAUGAUUUUUCUGAAGAUUAAAAGCCUCCUGACUACACUGUGGGCUGCUUUAAAAACCUCCUAACGGCACUGUCGGCGUUUACCGGAUAUAACACGGUGUUUAAUCCGCCUGGACUCACGGAAAACCUGGAUCUGAAUGGAUGAGCCAGAUGACAGUGGUUUCACUUCCAUUGAAUGGCAAGAACUGCUGAAAGACUACCAUAUCAACAAAAACUACAUUUGUGGCUACGUCACCAACAAGGAGGAUGUGUCCAGUAUUCUUGAGCUACACAGGCGCGUCACUGCUACAACAUUCUCCAUUCGCCAUUCAACCUCCCUUCAGUUCAACCCAAAUCAGAUUGACAGAGAAAAGACCAAGUUCACCUUCCGGUCUAUCUUCUUCUCCAAGUCUAGCCCACGUAUUACCAGUGAUGGUGUCCCUUUCAUCUUUGGUGGGCUAAAGCAUCUUGAAUGUCAGUUUGGGCCGAGAAGAGAGCACGCUAAAAAGCAAGACGGCAUUCUAAUACAACAGAGAGAUGCACCGACAUUCACAUCCACUGGUGAGAAGAUGAACCAAACCCAAACAAGGAAGAAGGGAUGUGAGGCAAGGAUCAGUGUCAAACAGAUCUGCAGGUUCCCUGAUUAUGAGUUGAUCUCUAAAAAGAACCUGCAGCGUGAGCAAGUCAAGCUUAAGGAAAGACUGCUGCAAGACUUGGCACAAGGAAAACAGCUGGCUGUGGAACAUAGAUUUUAUCUCGAGCUUCCACUUAAUGCAGCACACACAAAACAUGCACUAGAUAGCCUCUCGAGCAUGGUGCAACCCAUCCAUCCACAGAUCUCACAGUGGAUAGAUGAACUGGUAAGUGAAGGAGUAACGAGUGCUGUUGAAGUGCAAGCAUCACUCAAGCACUAUGUAAAGAUGAGGAUGGUGGACACCGUGGCCCCCAGUGAACUUGACAGGGGCUACUAUCCACGGCUGGGUGUAAUAAGAAACCAUAUCUACAAGGCUAAAGUCAGACAGAGGAUGUCCAAGCUAUGCAGGAAAAAUGGAGUUACAACAAUCAUGAAAGACAGUGACAGAAAGGUGGAUCAGCACACUGACAUGAUUGACACCAAUGAAGACUGUCCCACUUCUGGUGAUGAAGCCCACUCUCACGUGGCUGUACAGCUGCUAAAUGAAGCAAACAUCUGUGAAGAUGAUGGAGCAGAAGGAGACUUCAUCGUAGUCGUGAUUUAAAUUAAAUUGUUUUGUCCCCCCCCCCCCCCCCCCCCUCUCCAAAUGUUUCGGUAUUUCAUACAGAAUAUGUUUAAGCAGUUACGUGAAGGAAAGUUGAAAACCAUAUGCUGUAGUUGUUUGGCUCGUUUACGUGGGUUCAAGCUGGAUGGAGGUUUUCAUUGGAUAGUGUUAAUCCCUUGAGGUUGGCGCAGUGAUUCAGGUAACCACAUCUGGCAGUUAAUAAAGGUUUUGUUAUUUUGGCCCUCAAACACAAAAUAUUGGCAUUAAACGCAAACAUGCAUGAGCUUUCAGUUGAGGCUCUCAACU